AGCUGGGGGCGGCUGCCACCCUGGGCCUGUGGCCUCGCUGAGUUCUGCUGAGUCACGGGGUGCCCCGGGAGCCACCCGCCCCACUCCUGGCCCCUCUGCCCCUUGGCCACGUGGAAGCCACAUAAUGUGUAAGCCAUUGGCUUCCACAAGGCCAGGUGGCCUCGGACCUCACCAGGGGACAGUGCAGCCUUGGCCAGGGUGCAGGGAGGAGACGCGGGGGCCUGGCUGCACCCCUACAGCAUCCCACCCCCUGAGUCCUCUGGACACCCCACGAGAUGGCGGUGACGGUCCCCUCCCAGCGAAACCCGGGAGAGCCUCUUCCUGUCACCUGCCCCCUGAGUCUGGGGAGACCCCUGAGGGCUGGAACAGAGGCCGGGAGCAGAAGUGACUGCUCGGGCCCCACCCCACCUGCACCUGCGCCUGAGGCUGGUGUGACAGGAGCCUGACCUGAGAGGCUCCACGCACCUGGAGCUGCACAGGCCUCUGCGAACCAGUUCUAGGAACCCUGGGAGGCUUGGUAAGCCAGGUUGAAGUUCAUGAGUUCGCCCAGCCUCAGUGACCUGGGCAAGAGAGAGACGGCGGCCGCCGCCGCGGACGAGCGGGGCACACAGCAGCGCCGGGCCUGCGCCAACGCCACCUGGAACAGCAUCCACAACGGGGUGAUCGCCGUCUUCCAGCGCAGGGGGCUGCCCGACCAGGAGCUCUUCAGCCUCAACGAAGGUGUCCGGCAGCUGCUGAAGACGGAGCUCGGGCCCUUCUUCACGGAGUACCUGCAGAACCAGCUGCUGACUCAGGGCAUGGUGAUCCUCCGGGACAAGAUCCGCUUCUACGAGGGACAGAAGCUGCUGGACUCCCUGGCAGAGACCUGGGACUUCUUCUUCAGUGACGUGCUGCCCACACUGCAGGCCAUCUUCUACCCAGUGCAGGGCAAGGAGCCGUCGGUGCGCCAGCUGGCCCUGCUGCUGUUCCGGAACACCAUCACUCUCAGCGUGAAGCUGGAGGACGCACUGGCCCGUGCCCAUGCCCGCGUGCCGCCCGCCAUUGUGCAGAUGCUGCUGGUACUGCAGGGGGUGCACGAGCCCAGGGGCGUCACGGAGGACUACCUGCGUCUGGAGGUGCUGAUCCAGAAGGUGGUGUCGCCGUACCUGGGCACCUGUGGCCUCUUCUCCAGCGAGGGCCCCUCCUCCCACUCCUGCAUCCUGGAGAAGCGCCUGCUGCGCUCCCGCUCCGGGGACGUCCUGGCCAAGAACCCCGUGGUGCGCUCCAAGAGCUACAACACGCCGCUGCUGAACCCUGUGGCCGAGCACGAGGCAGAGGGCGCGGCAGCCACCGGCCCGGGCAUCCGCAGGCACUCGGUGUCGGAGAUGACGUCCUGCCCCGAGCCCCAGGGCUUCGCCGGCUCCCCUGGCCAGGGCCCCGCGGGCACCUUCAGGGCCUCCCCGACGCCCCACUUGGGGCCCUGCGCCAGCAGACUGUACCCCCCUGCCCAGCCGCCGGCACAGGGCCCUGCCCGCAGCUCCCCACCCUCCUCCAGCCCCGAGACCCUGGUGGACCAGACACUGGAGUCCGCGGACUCCGACUCCGAAGGGAUUUUCAUUGACUUUGGCCGGGGCGGCGGCUCGGGGGUGUCCGGCUUCGAGGGGGCGGGGGGCCGGCAGAGCGUGGUGUGAGGCCAGCGCUGCGCGUCCGCGGGACGUGAGAGACUUUCCGCCCCAGCCUCACUAGCCCCUUUCGACCUUGUCACUGCCUCAGUCACUUUAUCCCCCAGUCUGCGGAAAAGCCUUCCUGCCGCUCUGCCAGGUCCACUGGGGCGUCCCAGUGGGCACCACCCAGGUGCCCAGCCGGCCUUGCCCAGGGAGGACACGGUGGCUGCCCCUCCCACCUGCCCCGCCCACUGAGAAUGUGAAUCUGGUGCGGCAGAAGUCCUGAGUGCCAGGGUGCAGCAGACCCACCCUGCCCACACGCUGGGGCCACCGCCAGGCCCCCUGGGUGGCUGCCGGACAGGGAGGGGAGGAAUAAACUUGUCUGCCACUCGG